CUGCAAUGCACACGCACUUCACCAUAUGUGCCUCUGAAGAGCAGGAGGAGACAGUCUUGAUCUCAGGCAUAUCUGUUAGAACAACAAUAUCAUUUUAUGAGGACUUUUCCACUUUAUUUCUGUCGAGCACUUCAUGAAGCCAAGGGCCCGUUCAAGCCCACUCUGAAUUUAAUGAGAAGUACCGACCAAGAGAAAAGGAUGAUGAUAUUCUGUCUGCUUUUGGCAGCUUUUAGCAGCCCUGUGUUCGCUGGAGAGUGGACGGCAAAUGUUGUAAAAGAGCUUGAUGUCCUGGUCCAGUCCUGUGCUGUUGUACCCUGUACAUUCACCCAUCCUAAAGAAUACCAUCCAGACUCCGCAAUCAAUGCGAUCUGGCAUCUCAAAUCUGAUGGGAAGAAACGCAUCUAUAGCGAUGCUCAAAGAGAUGUCUUGGAAAACUUUAAGGGACGCACAAAGCUGUUGGGACAUCUGAGUGAUGGCAACUGCACCUUAGAAAUGAUUGAAAUCAAAGAUCAUGACAACGGCCCUUUCUGUUUCCGGAUGGAACUUCCGACCGGUUCCAUCGACAAAUUCUCCUUUGUGAAUGAUUGUGUCAUGUUCAAGAUGCUCCCUAAUCCUCCAGAUCCUAUUCUGACUCACUCAACAGCCAUUCAAGGACGUCCCUUCACAAUUACCUGCUCAGUCACCCACACCUGCCCUUCCCAUGUGCCUGAACUCACAUGGAAUAGGGCCACUACAGAUGAUGUGGUCACUGUCGUCCACAAAAAAAAUCGUUUCGGCUACUGGGAGAUGGAAUCCAUCCUGGCGUUCACUCCUGAGGAGAAGGACGACCACAGCGAGAUCAUCUGCACGGCGGCAUUCUUUGGAGCGAAAUCUCAAACCGUGUCGAAUCUCUAUGUGAAACGUACAGACAACUAUAACCACAUAAUCGUUCCAACGGUGGCGGUGAUUGGUACAGCUGGGAUCUUUGCAGUCUUCUGUACCCUAAUGGUGAAGAGAUAUCGGAAACGCAUUGAAGAGCUCCAAAGUGUGGAUGGCAGCAUGUGGAACCGGGUGUCCAGGCUCUCUCGCAGGAUCCGUUCCCACAUGUCGGGACCUUCUCGUGCCGAUCCAAGACAUGCCAACCAGAAAGUCUCCAAGGGUCGUUUCCCACCCCCCAAAAGCCAGAAAAAAAUCUGCAAUUAUCGACAGGACCAUGAUGACGGGGAUGAUUACAUGAACGCUGUGGACAACAACGUCUAUGGAAACAUACCUCGUUGCCUCCUGCCUGAUCCCUGACUGUACAUUCGCCUGUCUCCUGAAUUUCGACCUCCUGCCUGUCUACUGGAUUCCACUAAGCCUACUCCCUGUGUAACUGUUGUUGAUUAAAUCUGCGCUCUGCGCUUGGGUCUA